AUGCAAAAUGUCCACUAUGUUUGUACAACAUACAGCAGAAACAAUGACGAACAAGGGCCUGGAUGUGAGGCGUUUGUAUGCCCAUAUGUGUAUUAAAAAACGUAAAAACAUUUUAAUUUUGUCUUGUUUGGAGCUAUUUUAUCUAUCACAAGCUGGUUGGAAUCAGUGUAUUGUUCUAUAUUAUCCAUCAGGUUUAAUAUUGGAGGUGCUUGGAUUUUUUUGAAAUUUUAAUGUUUCGAGGACAAAAGCUUGGGAAUUUUUAUAAAGACUAGGAUUCUCAUUCCAAUAGUAAUUUACAAUAUCCAAGUUUUCAAAUUUUAAAAUAUUUCAUUAGUUUUGGCACAAUUUGUCUGAGGCACAUCAGGUGUCUAGUACAAUAUCGGGAAAAGCUUUAUAUCUUAAAAACUACUAAUUGUGCCAUUUUCUAAGUACUACUACUAAAAAGCUUAUUCUUUGCUACACUAUCUCCAUCAAUUUCACCAUCCCCACCCUACAACAUCAAUAUAAAAUGGCACAUUUUCUGUUGCACACUCUAAUUUUUUUCACCACCUUUAUAAGCCUAAUUUAUUCUGAAGUCACGAGUGUAACUAUUGAUCUGAACAAUGACGAAACGUACGUAGUAGAGUACGAUGACGCUGAUACGGAAACCUAUUCGUAUACGUCGACUGAUUGUGAAGAUAAAUUGAAUGAUUGUGAUGUGAUCAAAGAGGUGUGCUAUAUUAACAUCUACUACAAGUUGAUGAAGGGGUAUUGUGCUAAAACGUGUUUGUAUUGUGGAGGUGAGUGUGUUUGAUGAUAUAUUGUCUUUGUUAAUAUAGACUGUCAAUAAAAGGCCCACUAGGUCCGGUCCCGGGCAGGACUUGGUUUGGGCUUGGCUGGGUUAAGCUUAACUUGGAAAGGUUAGACUAGUCUGACUUAAGCUGAACACCGCUGACCUCGGUCGGGCUUGGAUCGUUUGCGUUUUGCUGGGUCAAGUCGGGCUGUGCCGAGCCGUGCCGAAACAUGUAGAUUCAAGGGCCGAGUCCAAACCAAAGCCCCGAGGGCUGAGCCUAUUCUAGGUCCCACAACGAAAGAAUUCACUUGUAGGUCUAGUCAAAACAGAUGUAAAAGUUUUAAAAAACCUUGUUUUUAAAAGUUCUUCUGAUGUUUAAACAGCUUCCGAAGCCUGUUUUGAGUCACAUUAGGCAUUAUAGUUCAAUAAAACCACAGUUCGUACGUGCAACUGGUUAAGUUCAUAUCCAAAAUCUUAAUCAAACUUUUUUUCAAAAUUUUUUUUAUUUAAAAAUUUUUUUUAAUUUAAAGAGUUCUCUACACUUUUCAAAUUGAAAAGUCAUGAAUAUGGUUCCAAUUUAUCUAUACCCAGAAAAAGUUUUCAAAAAUAUUGGCAAUCUUUUGCUAAUUGGAUGUUUGAUAGUGUCAUUUUUCAUGUUGUUUGAUGCUUUUUUGAAAUAUUGUAAGUCUAAAAUGGCACGACCUGAAUUUUAAUUUUUUAAUAUUGAAGUUUUAAUAAUGAUUUUUUAAAUCAACUUCAGCUGGCUCAUGCACUGACAAAGCCAAUGAUUGCCCAGAAAAGACUCAACUUUGUAAUCAAUGGGUAGGUCAUGUCUAGGUUGGCACUGGGCUAUAAAAAGAUUAAUAGAACGUAAUAGACUAGGCCUAGCCAGGAAGCGAAGAUUUUGUGUAAGAAAAGAUAGCGCAGGGUAGGUAGGAUAAGGAAGAGUUGAACAGGACUAGAUUAAGCCAGGACAUUGUACGAAGUGAUACGAUAGAUUAGGACAGAGUAGGGCAGAGCAAGACUAUGAUAAGUAAGUCAUGGAGCCAGGAUAGGGUAGGGUAGGGUAGGGUAAGGUAGGGUAGGGUAGGGAUGGGUAGGGUAGGGUAGGGUAGGGUAGGGUAGGGUAGGGUAGGGUAGGGUAGGGGUAGGGUAGGGUAGGGUAAGGUAGGGAUGGGUAGGGUAGGGUAGGGUAAGGUAGGGUAGGGUAGGGAUGGGUAGGGUAGGGUAGGGUAGGGUAGGGUAGGGUAGGGUAGGGUAAGGUAGGGUAAUUGUAAACAUAAUUUCUUACAAAAACGACAAACCUUGCUUUUUUAGCUUUUGUGGAGGUGAGUAUACCUUACCCUAACACUAAUAAACUUGUUUUCCAGCCCUACACCAAUUUGAUGGAGCAGUUGUGUCCGAAAAGCUGUAAACUUUGUAAUGUUGAGUGCGGCGACACUGAUCCAAAGUACGUUUCGUUUGUAGCCGUUGUUGAUAAAACAAUUAUUUAUCUAUUAAAACAUGGUUAAUAGCAGAAAAAGGGUUUUGGUCACGUUUUUGGAAAAAAUAGAGAUGAUAUGCAUUGAACUUUCUUAUAUUAUAGUAUCUUAUUAUAGUAGGGUAUGAUCAGUGGGAAGGGUAGAGUAGGGUAAGGUAAGGUAGAGUAGAGUAGGAUAUGGUAGCGCAAGAUAGGGCAGGGUACUAGAUUUACUUUUUUAUUGGCUUGGUUAAGUACAGGUUGGCAUUUGUUUUGCGCUACAACAGGUAAAACUUAAGAAUGGUAUAGUAGGGUUUACCGUGCCAAACAUCGGCUUUAAGAUGGUAGGAUAGAAAAAUAUGGCUAAUACAAGUACAUGAGGUUCUUUCCAUUCUGAAAACAUUUUAAAAAGCUAAAAUUAAAAAAAAAAUUGCGGAAAAAGGGUCCACAGGGGCCCUGUAUAAUUAAAAAAAUUUUUUUUGAAGAAGGGAGGAGUGAAAAGUAGGGCUAUAAUAAAUAGAAGUAGGAAAAGGCUAGAAUAGGGCUAAAGUAGCACUUGAUACAGUUAAACUAAACUAAAUUUUAAAGAAGUUUUAAGCAAUUAACAAGUAAGACAAAGUUCAAUAUUUUUCAAAUUAAUUUUUUUUAAUUGUGCGGGAAAGAAUAACAAGUUUUAAAAUUCACAGUUAAUGCAUGUGACUAAACAUGACAAAAUUAGCAUUUUUCAGCUUUAAAUUUUUUUUGAAAAAUUAAAAGAAAUUUAAUUUUUGUUACGUAUAACUCUUGUAUAAUAUAACAAAAAUCCUGUAUAACGGAGUAAUUUAUUUGCAAUCCCUACUCUACUCUAACUUACCCUAUCCUACUCUAACUAUCCUACCUUACCCUAAUCUAUCUAUCAUACCCUACUUUUACAAUGAAAAAAAAAUUAAAGAUUCUAAACGAUUGGUUAUACAGAAGCUCCACUGUACUAUGAAAGACCGCUUUUUACAUUGUAUUAAAAUUCCAGCUGCAAAGAGUACGUUGAGAACAAUUUUUGCCAGAACGCCUAUUAUCCGACCAGCUUUAUCAAAGGAACAUGUGGAACGUCUUGUAAGAUGUGUUAA